AUGCCUCCGCAGCAGGGAGAAGUGUCCCUCUUGACGCUCUUCGCAGACGUCCACUACUACAUCUCCCCGCCUACCCAGGUCCCCCCGCACCACCGCUUCGACAAGAGCUCCUAUGUCUACCUCUACCACAACCCUAUGCGCCAGAGUGGGCGCAUAGAAGUCGCGAACCAUGCGGGCACUCCCAACCAGGAUGCCUUUUCAGGCCAGCUGGACACAGUCAAGAUCGAGCACACGUACAAACACCCAUGUCUGUUCACCCUCACGGUCGACGCGUUCAGGAGUCACAAUGGCAGCGCAAGCCCCCACCAAGACACGUCGCAAUGGCAUCUCCCCACACCCGAUCCCUCAAACCAGGGCAAAUACAUGUACAGGCUGCACACGGUGGACUUGUACUUCUGGACGCCAGAAGACGCGAGCCUCUUCCUCGACUCCAUCCGCAGGGUGCUGCAGCCACAUCAAAUGCAAAUUGUGCGCAACCCCAAUGCCACACCAACACACUCGGAACACAAGAACGACGCCCUGAGUCCAGUCAUCGCAAGGCUGGAAAGCGCAGCCAUAUCACACACAAGUCGUACUCCGAGUGUUAGCACAACACAGUCGUUCCCCGGGCCUCCCACAGCGCCCGCCCCUACAUCACCUCCUCCCAGCGAGCAGCCACCCAACUACGCUCCAAUGGCAUACAACCCGGCUGCUCCAGCCGCGCCUGAGCCAAUUGCUCAUCGCGAGAAGACACCACCUCCACCAGACGCCAAUGACGGUACGGGACUUGGAUCUGCUGCAGUCCACGAUCAGCAUGCAGCGCAAUACGGCAACCCGCUACAAGCUUCGUUCGCGCCUCAACCGACAUCAGGGGCAUACUUCCCAGGACCACCAGCGCCCGGCCAGGGCUUCACAGGCCCACCAAGUGCAUCGCAAAGUCCGCCGUCCUUUGCACCCCCUCCGUCUGCCCCUCCACCAGGCCAAUACAACGGCACCCCGCCACCCCCAGCCAUGAAGCGAACAUCCACAGCACCAGUCCACCAAUUCGCCAACUACCCAUCCUCGCCUGGCUUCCCUCCUGCCCCCCAAUCCCCUCCUGCGCAUUCUGCAUUACCAUCUCCCGGCUUCCCUCCCCAGCAAUACCAGCCAAUGGCUUCUCCUGGCUACGCGCAAUACCAGUACGGUAGCACGGGAACUCCACCACAGGGACAAAACCUGCAUCAGCAGCUGUACAGACCGACGGAGAACGAAGCCGCAGUGCAAGACCACGAGAACCCCAACGCACCGCAACGCAACUCCAACAUCGGAAAGCGGGUAGAUAAAGUGGAGAAGGGGAUUGGCAGUUUCUUGAAAAAGUUGGAUAAGAAGUUUUAG